CCCCGCCGGAACUCUCGCGAUGGAGCGAGGCGGAGGUGCGCCCCCAGAAACACUUAGAGAAGAAGGCCAGUUGGGAUGUGUGCCGCCUCCAGGUCUUGAAGCCAGCCGUGUGAAGAAGAACAGUUGGGGGUUCUUAUUUACCGGGAUCGUUGGUGGGACGCUGGUGGCCGUGUAUGCCGUGGCCACGCCCUUUAUAACACCAGCCCUCCGAAGAAUUUGUUUGCCUUUUGUUCCCGCAACUACAAAGCAGAUCGAAAAUGUUGUGAAAAUGUUGCGAGGCAGAAGAGGAUCCGUGGUAGACGUCGGCAGCGGUGACGGACGGAUUGUGAUCGCGGCUGCAAAGGAAGGAUUCGCGGCUGCUGGUUAUGAAUUGAACCCGUGGCUAGUCUGGUACUCCAGAUACCGCGCUUGGCGAGAGGGGGUGCAGGGCUCGGCCAAGUUUUAUAUUUCAGACUUGUGGAAGGUUUCUUUUUCGCAGUACUCCAACGUUGUUAUCUUUGGCGUGCCUCAGAUGAUGCCGCAGUUGGAGAAGAAACUGGAGCUCGAGCUCAAGGAUAACGCUAGGGUCAUUGCUUGCCGGUUCCCUUUCCCGCACUGGACCCCGGACCAGGUCACCGGCGAGGGGAUAGACACCGUGUGGGCGUACGACAUGAGCGCUUUCAGAGGGAGGGAGACGAGGCCCUGAAGGUCGAUGCGUUUCCAGCUGGUCAUUCAAAUUAAACUGUAUUAUUAUUUUUUAUACAUAAAUUUUAUUGAGAGUGUUUGCUGAAGUGUUGGUGGUCUUUGAUUUUAUAGAGACCUACAGCGAUGUCUUCAGCAGACAGUAUAUUUUUCUUUGGUAUGGAAUGAGAAAUUACUGUUACUUUCUGUGACUUUUGGAGGAAACAAACAAAAGUUAAGAACAGCAGGUAGAUUUAAAAUCCCCUUCUGUUAUAAUCUAAAAAAGGAGUGACUACCUUUUCAUGCACUUAGAUGUAUGAAAAUGUGAAUAAGUGACGGUCAUGUUGAUGGGUGGGAAAAAUGUCAACAGCUCUUCACAUUGUAAAGAGUAUGAUUAAAUGCCAUAGAUGAGAAGAAACACUUUUUAAAGAGAGUGUGUGUUAGUAAAUGUUUGCAGUUUCCUAGAGCUUUAUUCAUACUUAAGAUUUCUCUUUCUUUUCUGUACUUCCUGGCAAGAUUGAUUUGUUAAAGGACUUGGAGAGUCAUUCAUAUUUUAUAACGUAUAUUACGAAUAAUUUGUUCCAAGGCUAGUGGAUUACUGUAUUUUAUUGAAUGUAAGGGGUGUGUGUGUGUGUGUGUAAAUGUGUGUGUAUAUACACACACAUUUUGGCAUUUCUGACAUUGUGAUGCACCUUCCAAUGGAUGGUGUUUUAUACUGUAAUUGGCAGCGUUGUCAUCAGGAUGUGCUUGUACCUCACCCACCAUUGAUAGAAUCUCAGAUUUGAUGGAACAUGAUACUCGGAGAAGAUGCGUGAAGUACUGAGUAGUCGGUAAUGAUUUAAUAAUGGAGUAAACGAUCGUGAGCUUCGGAGUCAGCCGGACCUGGGUUCAGAUCUCCACUUGUCCUCGGCGGGAGGCCUGGGACAAGUGGCUUCCCCUGUCGGAGCCUUGGUCUCCUGAAUCCCUGUUGUUGGGAUAAUGAUGCACUGGACAGGGGAUGAGGCACGUAGUCUUUGGUCUUUAAGUAGUAUUUAUUAUUUUAAGCACUAAAGAAAAGCUAUUCACAGAGCUUGCAGAUGAUUUCUGCUAGUCACUUCUUUAUUUUAUGAAAGCAGCCAUUGACUUAAUAUUUCUCAUUUAUGAGAAGAGACUUGAGUGAUUUAGAUAAAGGCAAGUUAAGGAAAACCUUUGAAUGUGAAUUGACAAGCUUCAUAUAUCUGAAAAAUUGAUAUUGAAUGGUGGCUCGAAUAAUCCCUGUGUAUCAUAGGAAAGAGUUGAACUCCCAGUCUUCCCCUUCUGACUUAAAUACCAAACUGUCUUCAUGGAGGUUUGACAAAGUGAAAUGGUUUGCAUCUUUAACUAAACUGGUAAAAAUAUGAUCAAUUUGAUAAUUUUCAUUUAAAUGAGAAGCAACUGGGGACUCAUUUGUUCAUUCAUUCAACAAAUACUUACUGACUGUCUACUGUCUACAUAGGGUGUGUUUCUGAGUCAGCGGUGGAUAAAUGUGCAAGGCCUGUAAUCUUGUACAGUUUGUGUUCUAGAAGACAGAGAGAAACAAAAAGUGGGUGAGUGUUUGUGCGGGAAGUUCUCUGAAAGAAAAAAACAGUGUGACAGUAUAGACAGCACCUGUGUGUGUCUGAGGUGAGGAAUGGGUGCUGUGGACGUUUGUCAGGUUUUGGCUGCCACUAUCUUUCUAUUCUCCAUAGCCCCUGAUUUCCUCAUGAAGAACGAAUUCUCUCCCAUGGUGUGCAGCUCUGGUGUCUUCCCCUCACUGUCACGUUGCACUCUCGCCAGCCCUGUGACGUGGGUCCCUUCACAGCUCCUCACAGGGAGGUGUGGGGUCAGAGGCAGGGCUUUGGGGAAAGUUGGAGGUGUUCACUACUAUUCCAGAUGUGUUCCUGGUGGGUUUGCAGAGACAUCAGACUAUCCGCAGAAUCAUUUAUGACUUGGUAUUUUGGGGUUUCUCCUUUAGCCUUCCAAGAAUGAGAUGAUGUUUGGUCCUCCAACCUCAGAGUAAAAUGGGCUGUUUUGUAGAAGGGUUGUGAUUCAUGGAGUCUUCAAGAGCUUUCAUUGAUUUUUAAAAUUGUGCUUUUUAAGUAAACUGUAUAAUAAGAAUUUUCCUGUAGAGGUUAUUAUGGCCUCUCUGACUGGCUGGUUUGGUUUUUUAUGAGUUACUAGGUUAAGGACAUUGAUCAAAUUUACACAGGACGCGGCAGGGAAUGAGAGCUACUAUGUUUAAUGUCAAAAGUAGGAUUCAAACAUGUCUGUGCAGAUUGAAAUCAGGGAUAAGAGCUAACCUGAUAAAAUUUAAAGUUAAAGGAAAGCAAACAAGAGUAGAAAUGCAGCUUACGGGUGAUAUAGCCUAACAGGAGCCACUGUGAACAGACCUGGAGGCGCCAUCGACACUCGGGCACUGACUUGAGCACAGUUCCGUCUGAAUGCAUCUUUCUCCGCAGGCGUGGCCCUGGGAUCACAGCCCUUGCAAUCCCCAGGCUGGCCAGGUGGGCCUCCUCAGACCCUCGGCCAGUUCUGGCGUUCAGACUCCUUGAAAUGCUUAGCUCCACCAAGUGCACAUGAAACCAAGUCUAAAAGAUUUAAGACAUGCGGCUCUUCCAGAUACUGUGUUCACCAUUGCUGGGGGACGGCAUACACCAUGACAAGUUAUAGCCAAACGGGAUAGAAAAAAAUGCAGAUUCCUGACAUUUAAAUCAUGCAGCUGGGUGCUACCCCUCUGUCAAAGUACUUUCCCUGAUGGCCAGAGGUAUAAAAGGCCUGCUGUGAAGAAAUACACGUUCUCAAGUGCAGGAGCCCUCUAAGCUUAUGCUGGAACGUGUAUUUCCUAGAUGAGCCCUUGCUGAGUGCAUUCUGGGAAAGAAUUCUAAGCCAUUGCAGAGCUCACUACAGGAGCCUUCCUUAGUCUCCACAGACAGAUAGACAAGAAGCACAUCCCUUAGUUGUGUGGUGUGUCUUGUCACCUAUCGGGGCCAUAGUGUGACUUGCUCUUUAUCAAGAUGUUGGUGUCACCUGGGCCAUGGUGGAGUGUUCCUCACCUGGCCUGGGCAGCAAAGUUUGCAGGCCUCUGACCCAGGCCACCUGUCCUGGAGCAGGGGGUGCCAGUAGGCCAGCCCGUGCAGACACAGCUCAGUCCUAUGCAACAGCCAUCUCGCCUCUUCCUUGGUAUCAGAAGCCCACUUCUUCAGGUGUCAGGCAUUGAUGUGUUCAGGGACAAUGGGCGCUGCCUGUUGUCUGAUCCCAUCACCUGGGUGUCAGGGUGGGUAGUGGGCCGUGGGCAUGUGAUCCAGUUCCUGCUAAUGAGGUUUGAGGGGACGUCUGCUGGCCUUUUGGGGAAAGGUUUUGUUGCUAACAGGAGAUGCCUGAGGAGUGAGUAUCCUUCCUGUCUUUGGACAGGCUGUAUAAAGCAGUCAUACCUGCAACCACCAGGGGAAAAAGUAAAGAUGAAAGCCAAGAUGCUGAGGCUGGCAGAGCAGGAAGAUGGAAAGACUUUGGGUCUUUGAUGAUGCCGCUGAGUUGCUGAACUGACCCAGAGCC